UAUAUUUGUAAUAUAUUAUUAUACUAUAGAUAUUAUUUAAAAUAUGGUGAAAAAUUUGAACUACUAUGUUCUACGUAUUAUUUUUCAAUAUUUGAAUGGAUUUGAUCUGCACAAUGUUUCUCAAGUUUCUAGAUCUUGGUUUGAAAUAGCAAACGAUGAAAAAAAAAGAAGGGGUCCCAUGUGCAUUAUUAAAACAAAAGAUACAAAACUAGACUCUAAGGAUUAUGAGGUUAUACAAAAAGAAAUUAUAAAAUAUUGCCAAGUUAAACCUUCCUUAAGCAUGUUAUUUAUUAGAAUUAAAAGUAAAGAAGAUAUUGUAGGAGGUAAGUUGAAUGUUGCGUACGCCCAUUCGAGACCAAUUGCACACAGUCUGUCAAAAAACUUGUUUUCAAAAAGACCGGUAGCACAUCGUGUGUGCAAUCAAUAAUAAUGACCCCUUAUUAAUUAUUUUGAGUAAAGUAAUCCCCAAAAAAACUGACAUUUUAUUAAAAUCAUCGAAAUAGGAUACGAAUACUGUAAAUGGAAGAGUCGCGCUCAGUUGUGGAACACUGGUGGAAUUUAGCAUUUGCGUCAAUGAAUUUUUAAAUUCCUAAUGGCAAUUUAAAAUAAUAAUAAUAAUGAUGAAUUUUUAUUUGACCUCACAAUGAAAUAGUAGCUCUUGCGAACCGUGUUUGAAAACAAUCGUGGUCUCGAAUGGGGUUUGUAAUGAUUGAUAAAUUAUUCUUACAUAAGAUAUUUUGAUUUUUUUUUAAAGAAUGUUACUGCAAAUAUAUGUCGUCUAAUUGGUACUCACCAGUAGUUGGUAGUUAUUUACCGACAGAAGAAAAAAAUACGAUUUUAGGCAUGUUCUUUCCUGAAGUACCUAACAUCAAAGUUUCUACACUUACUCUUGUACCUUAUAAACUUAUUUGGGGCAAUGGAAUAUAUUGUCAUGAAAUAGAUGCUAAUUUUAAUCUUUCUUUUACGAAUGCAGACCAAUUGAAAACUGUAUUUGAAUCUGUUUUUAAUUUUGACAAACCAAUGAAAAGUUGUAUGAUAUUAUUGUGCAAUCGUAAUGGAGUUUUAAUAAUUAGUAAUCUUGAGAAAGCUUUGAGAAAUUGGUUUCCAAAUAAAAGACUUCCUGUGUGGGGUGGAAUAGUUGAUUAUUUAUCGAUCUGUCAUCAUAUACCACAUACAAGUGUAUUAAAAAAAAGCAUGUUUUGCAUUGCUGUUUUAAUAUACGAUUUUUGAUAGACUUAAGAGAGAACAAAAAGAUGUGGAAAAGAAGAUUGUUUUAAUAGAAGGUGACAUGGGAGAACCGAAUAUAGGAUUAUCAGAGAAAGAUUGCGAACUCAUUAAAGAUACCGACUUGAUUUUUCACAGUGCAGCAUCCGUUCGUUUCAUGGAUAAUAUUCGUUUUAUAGUUAAUACAAAUAUUAGGGGUACGAGAGAUCUUCUUUUACUCGCCCAAAAGAUGAAUAAUUUAAAGGCAUUUGUCUAUAUAUCAACGGCAUAUUCGCAAUGUGUGCAUAAUAAAAUUGAAGAAAAAUUCUACAAACCACCUAUAAAGACAGAUGACAUAAUAAAAUUAACAGAAAUUUUGACCGAAGAUCAAUUGCAUUUAAUUACACCGAAAUUACUUGGUGAAUGGCCAAACACUUACGUAUAUACAAAAGCAAUAUGUGAAGAUACUGUAAGACAAUAUUCCAAUGGAAUUCCAACUUGCAUAAUUCGGCCAUCUAUCGUAGUAUCAACUGCAAAAGAACCAAUAGCAGGAUGGAUCAAUAAUUUGUAUGGAUUGACAGGUGUUGCUUUUGGUGCGAUGAUGGGUGUUUUACAUACCCUGCAUUGUGAUGAUAGAGUUAUAUCAGAUAUAGUUCCUGUUGAUUAUGUUGUCAACAACACUAUCGUUGCAGCAUGGGACGUCGUACAAAAAGAAUCAAAACCACAAAAUAUUCUUAUCUCAAACGGAAUCAACAAGUCUAUGCCCGUUGAUGAAAAGAUUCCAGUUUAUAAUGUUGUUUCUUCCGUUCAGAAUCGAUUAACGUUGUUUACCUUAGCUGAAAAAAUAAAAAGUAAUGGGAUUCAGUAUCCAUCGGAACAAGUCUUAUGGUAUUACUCGUUAUGUUUGAAUCGAAAUUAUUAUGUCAAUUUUGUUUGGACAAUUCUUUUACACUGGAUACCAGCAAUUAUAUUGGAUUCCUUAACGUAUCUCAGCGGAGGAAAACCAAUAUUGUUCAAAAUCUACAAAAAAAUGGGAACUUUUUAUAAUGUAAUAAGCUUUUUCAACACUCGCGAUUGGGAAUUCACGAACGAUAAUGUUCUCAAAUUAUGGGACAAGUUAUCUGUUGUAGAUAAAUAUAACUUCUUCUUUGAUAUUUCUGAUAUUGAUUGGGAAUGUUUUUUUGAUAUUUACAUGAAAGGACUUCGAGUAUACAUGUUGAAAGAUCCAAUGAGUACGAUAGAAAAAGGAAAACUUUUAAAUAGAAAAUUGAAAAUAAUUCAUUUUAUGGUGAAAAUUUCGUCUAGCGUCUUGUUUCUUUACAUCUGUUAUUCCUUACUACAUUUACUUUUUUUCUAAAAAUUACUUAUUUGCAGUCCUAGCUCUUUAGUAUUAUCUAUUAAUAUUUUUGCGUUAUUAAUUAUUAAUGACUCUUCAUUGUUCCCUAACAAAGCAAUAUCGUCCGCGUAUGUCAACAAUUGUGUUGUCCCGU